AUGAGUGAUAGUGUUAUUAGAAGUAGAACUCGUGCAAAUGUUGUAAUCCCAAAGCUACAAGCUGAGGAUGCAUACUCUGAAGACGAAGAGGACGAUGAUGACUAUGAACCUUCAGAAGGUGAGCAAGAAUUAGCUGAAAACGAUACAAAAGAAGAUGAAAAAAAGUCAAAGAGAAAACUAGCUACAAAAGCAAAACAACCAAAAAAGAAACAACAAAAGAAGAAAAAAGGAGAUGAAGAUGAAGAGGAGGAAGAGGAUGAAGAAGCAGAAGCUGUAGAUGAAGAAGAAGAAGUUGUUGUAGAUUUAGAUGGUGAAAAAGAGACUGACGAUAAAGAUAGCAAAGAUGGCGAGAAGAAAGAGAAAACUCUCGAAGAGAUGAUGAAUGAAAUUCCAGAUACCACUCCAAAGUCAGCGGAAACCACGGAAUUGGUAAAAGAAAAGACUGUAGAGGUAUUCGAAUUCGCUGGACAAAAAGUAGUUAAAGAACGUGAAGUAGUAGUACCAAAACCAGCAGCUGGAAUCGCAAAGAAAAAACCUGGAUUAGAUAGUGUUCUAUCAAACUUGGGUGGUAAACCAAAGAAACUAACAACACUUCAGAAAUCACAGCUCGAUUGGGAUAGCUAUAAGGAUAGCAAUAUUUUAGAGAAGAACGAUAUGGAGAGACAAGCAAAGAACGGUUAUUUAGAGAAACAAGCAUUUUUACAGAGAACCGACCAAAAUCUGGCAAAUACUAUUAAAAAUCUUUCGAAAAAGAAAUAA